AUGUUCUUCGCUUCAACUUCCUCGGCGAGCAGAAGAGAGGCUCCGAGGUCCCGCUCGAUCCAGCAUCCGCCGCCACCGGAGUCGCCGACCGAGAGGAUGUUUCUCACGAGGACAGAGUACGACCGCGGGGUGAACACCUUCUCGCUGGAGGGGCGGCUGUUCCAGGUCGAGUACGCCAUCGAGGCCAUCAAGUUGGGAUCCACUGCGAUUGGGUUGAAGACAAAGGAUGGUGUUGUCCUUGCUGUUGAGAAACGUGUGACCUCUCCACUGCUGGAACCAAGCAGUGUGGAGAAAAUCAUGGAAAUUGAUGAGCACAUAGGCUGUGCCAUGAGUGGACUUAUUGCUGAUGCUAGAACGCUAGUGGAGCAUGCUCGUGUUGAGACUCAGAAUCAUAGGUUCUCAUAUGGGGAGCCAAUGACCGUAGAAUCUUCUACACAAGCUAUCUGUGACUUGGCUCUGCGCUUUGGCGAAGGUGAUGAAGAGUCAAUGUCACGGCCAUUUGGAGUCUCCCUCCUAAUUGCUGGACAUGAUGAGAAUGGACCUAGCUUAUACUACACGGACCCAUCUGGAACCUUCUGGCAAUGCAAUGCAAAGGCAAUUGGAUCAGGUUCAGAAGGAGCUGAUAGCUCCUUGCAGGAGCAGUACAACAAGGUAUGGUUCAAGAUAAAUGCUAAGCCUUGA